UGACUUUUUUUCCGUUAAAAACCAAUUAAAAAAAAAACUUCGAGACAAUCUGGACACGUCAGCUCCAUGUCACUUAAGACAAAACACAAAUCCAAAAUAAAUAAGACACAACCGAAGGGAAAACCAAAAAAAAAUCUAAAAUUUCAAUCUCAUUUCUUCGGAUUCCCAUUUCUUCUUCGUUGACACAAAUUUAGGGUUCAUUUGAAUUCUCCUUCUCUCCCUCUCUGCUCUUAAGAUCUGAUUGAAACCAGGCUCCGAACUCUCGUGUGUCUACUCUGAUCCGAAUACUAAGACGAUAGAGUAGCUCAAGAGCUGAGGAUCUACACAAUAGAUAGACAGAGGAUUAGUGGCGAAAAGGUUUGGUAGUGAGGUUUUAAGAGUGGAGAUGGAUAGGCCUCGACAAAGUGAUCAUUUGGGUGUGAAUAAGAAUGGGAGAAAUAUCAGAAAGAGUCCUAUCCACCAACCCAACUUCGCUGCAAAUGCUAAUCCCUCGGCUUCUGCAAGGCCUCAAGCGCCGCAGCCUCAGAUUUAUAGCGUUAGCAAGAACGACUUUAGAAGUGUUGUUCAGCAGUUAACUGGCUCUCCAUCACGUGACAGUCUUCCUCGGCCUCCUCCUCAGAACAACAACUUAACAAGGCCUCAGAAUACUAGGUUGCAGAGGGUUAGACCUGCUCCUUUAACUGAGAUCAACCGUCCUUCGCUUCCUCACCCUAGCAUGUCUCACAGCUUCGUCCAACCGCCUCAACAACAACAACAACCAAUGGUGGGUCAUGGGGAUCAGUCUUGGUCUAAUACAGCUGUGUCUCCCAUCUCAGAGUUUAUGCGUUAUCUUCAAAGUUCACCUGGAGCUGCAGGUCCUAGUGGUAAUCAUGUGCAGCCAGGUCAUGAAUAUCGUCCUUAUAUGCCAGCUCAGCAUCAACCUCAGCCUUAUAUGCCAGCUCAGCCUCAACCUCCGUCUUAUGUUCCAGCUCAGUCUCAGCCUCCGCCUCAAACUCAGCCACAUAUGAUGUCUGGAACCCAGCAACAUAGUCAAUAUCAACCACCACUUGGGUUAAUUCCUAGCCCAGUGCCUCCUAAUCAUCCUUUCCCUCAGUUCAAUGGUCCUGUACCUGGCACGCCCACUCCUCCCUCUCCAAGGUACAGUCAGAUGUAUGGUGGCUUUCCUUCUCCUCAGUUCAAUGGUGGCUUUCCUUCACCUCGGUAUAACGGUUUUGGAUCACUACCCUCACCUACGUCUCAGUUUUUUCAACCAUCUCCUACUGGUUACCCGAACAUGUUCUCUCCUAGAUCACCUUACCCAUUGCUGUCACCAGGAGUCCAGUAUCCUCAACCACUAACCCCAAACUUUUCGUUUUCACAAGUAGCUCAAUCAGGAAGUGGCGGACCGGGUGCUGGUCCAGGUCCUUCUCAGCCACCUCCAUCUCCAGGGCUUAUGUUCCCACCAUCCCCAUCAGGGUUCUUCCCAAUCCUUAGUCCAAGAUGGGGUGGUUUCUAGGUGCUCUCUCUCUUUCUUCAGGCUUUUAUCCGGUUUAUUGAGUUUUAGGUAAAUGGCAUCAUGUUUUUCUAAGAAGCUCAAUCUUCAGAGCUUACAGUAAAAUAGAUGUAGAACGCCAAAAAAAAGUGUUAUUUUUAUAGGGAUUUUGUUCUUUCUGUUUUUGAGGUUCUUAUGGGUAAAAGGUAAAUGAUUUACUUGAGAACCUUGGGAUGAUGGUGAUUUCUUCUUUUCUUUUGUUUUUCAUACAAUUUAUUGUAUUUUUAUCUUGUAAACACACUCUGGACAAAAGUCAGUUUAUAUGAUUUUUGGGUAUUUUAAAAGCAAGUUAUCU